UGCUCAUUUAGAGCAACACAGAAAACACCUGAAUGAAUGAAAGAAAUGGCUUGCUUGCUUGCUGGAAAUUGUGAGUGCUUGGUUUGUGUAGCAUGAAUGUUCAAAGACCAAAUGUCUUCAUGGUAUCAGAGCUUCAGGUUUGGAGCAAUGAUAAGUACGAGAGUGUAGAGCAUAGAGUGAAAGUGAAUCCUGAGAAGGAGAGAUUAUCUAUUCCAUUCUUCUUUAAUCCGUCACACUAUGUUAUGGUCAAGCCUUUGAACGAACUGAUAGACAAGCAGAAUCCUGCUAAAUACAGAGAAUAUAACUAUGGGAAGUUCUAUGCUACUAGAAGGCUCAGCAGCGACUUCAAAAAGCUAAAUGUUGAAAAUGUCUAA